AUGUCCACAAAUCCUUUCCGCCGUAGUUCAUUUAAAGGUCAGAGCAGCAGCAGUAGCACCCCCCUCAAUACCGUUUCGGCGGAUGCGCACGGCUCAAGCCCUGGCCCGCUGUCUGUUGAUACCAAAGGCAAGUCAAGUCUCAUGACCUCGACGUCGCAAAAACAUGUGAACUUCGCCUCACCGCCGGGCAUACCCAUUUCGCCUGUCUCAUACCCCCCUUCGCCAGAAUCUACACGACAGGAUUCCCUAUCUACCUUCCCGAGCCUGGCAACAUCUCUACCGCAACCUACCGAUUACAGUGAGGCGUUGGCAAGCAACCCGUUUGCGGCCGAGGCUUCCGAAGGAGACGAUGACAUUGCUCUCGAACAAGCUUUGUACAAUACAAGAGUCAACACUACGAUCCAUGUCCCAGCUGCGGCGGUCCCUGAACCGAUUUUGAAGAAUACUUCUGUCCAAGACACACUUGGACGCUUUGCCAGCGGCCCCCGAAAGAGCCCUGUGAGUCAGGAAUCGUCAGGGCCAGGUCGGCAAGCUCUGGAUGUUGCAGCAUUCACAAAGUUACUGCUUACGGGUGAGAGGGGAGCACCCGGGCCGAGAGAUCAAGCUGUGCAGAGUGUCCAAGCAAAUAAUGGUCAACCUGUAAGUGAGAGCAGUUCCAGUGCGGACACAGCGUCAGUCUCACAGCAUUCCAUUUUUGAGACCGCGCCUUUAGCGCAUGAAGAAAGCCCUCGAUCGUCUUUUGAAGGUGAAUCGAAGGACACCUUGAGAGAACAGCCGCCGAAUCUACAGACCGUCACAGAAGGCAAGAAGAAACCUCCGCCGCCCAAGAGUCGACGUGGAAAGCCACUUCGAGACUCUGGAGGGGAGCAGGAAUCGAAGCAGAAUUUCGAUAAUUUCAUCAAUUCCCUUUCGCUACCUAGCAGCCGAAGUAUCAGUUCAGAAAUACCAGGCUUGAAAUCGCCAACAACCGAACAAAGCCCAACUAUAGAGAAACCGGGGAAUGUUGAUAUACCGGAGAAUUCGCAGAGAAAAGUCCCCCCAGCGCCUCCGCUAGCAAGGAGGAAGAGCCAGCAAGCACCCAGCAAACCGAUACUGACAAGGAGUAGUUCCUCACGAUACUCUGUGUUGAGUGAAUAUGAUGCCCCUGAAAGUCCGUCACAUAUCAAUGCUGGAUUCAAAAUUCCGCCACCACCACCUGCCGCCCGGCGGACAACCACCUCCAGCGAAAGGCGGCCUUCGUUUGAUGUCCAGAGUGUUCCCGAAAAUGCCGCAUUUGAUGGCAGUUCUGGCAGCCUUGAACCACCAGGCACAGAGGGCAGACCCGGCUUACCCCAAACACCCUCGUACCUGAAAAGAAUGAGCUUGGGAACUCCUCCGCCAGUCCCGCCGCCGCGACGAGGGAGAGGCUCUAGUCGAAGUAGUGUGGAGACACAAAGACCAUCUAUGGCAACACUGGGUAUUUCGGAGCCAGAAGGUGGUGAUGUGACGCCCAGAAGUGAUAACAUUGACCGCAGGGACCUCCUAGCCGACCUUGCAGCACUUCAACAGGAAGUUGAUGCGGCUAGGAGAUCUGCCGAGUAA